AUGGGUGAUGAAGUUGUGGUUAUUGUCACUUCUGCUGAUCACAUGUGCAAAAAAUGUACCACAAUUUUGAAUCAUAUAGACAAGUUGGAAUAUGAUCUGGAACUUGUUAAAAAUGCAAUGUUUUCACAAAUACAAAAGAAAUAUGGAAUAUUGCCUCCUUAUCAGGCUAUUAAGGAUGAUGAGAUUGUCAAUAGACACUUAAAAUCAGAGGAACUACUAGAACAGCCUAAAGUACUUAGUGGUCUGAGAGUAGGAGUUUCUCCUACUGUAACUACUCCUGCAGUUAUUACUCCAGUCCAAACUCCAUUAAAAUGUUUAAAAACAAAACAGCAGCAGCAUCAGCAACAACAACAACAACCACCAAGUCAACAAAAAAGCUCUAACAAAAUGAAACAAUACAAAUGUGCUUUUUGUGGAUUCCAAUCAAAAGAUCUUGGGCAUGUUCGACUCCACCUGCGUACCCAUGAGAAUAAUAAGGAGCCUAAAAAAACUAUUCUUAAUCAAACAGUGGGAAAUGCAUUAACAACGGAAAGAGAAACUGAAGAUUCUUGUAUGGUUACAACUAAAGUUAUGAAACCGAAACCAUCCAAGACUCAAGAAAAUAAUCAUCAAGCAGAGUCUAUGGACAUAGACGAACAUCAAAAAGAUAACAACAAAGGCACUGUCGACAUGGAUAUGAUGUUUAAUGACUAUGUCCCCACUGAAGGAUCUGCAGAUAUUAAACAAGAAAAAGAUACUGAAAACUCUCAGAAAUAUGAGACCGUAAAUGAAGCCAAAUUGAAAAUAAAACCUGAGCCUGCACAAGAAGAAACCUCUGACGAGGAAAAAGAAGAAAAUAAAGAAGAUACAACCAUACUUAAACAGGAAGAAGCUGAUCAAAAAAUUCCAUACGUUAAAAAAGAAGUUGAUGAAAACAAUGCAAAUGUGGGAAACAAAACUGGAGACUUAGACGUAGAAUCAAUGUAG